GGCCAGGGUGGGAGCAAGAAUGUCUUCCGGACGGUCGCCUACUUAUGGUGAGGAGAGCAGACAACCAUUCAAAGUGGUUAUACCUAAUGGAGAACUAGCUCAAAUCAAAGAAUGGGUGCGCGAAUACCCUAGCAUAGAAACGGGAGGAGAUCUUUUUGGACUGUGGUCAACAGCCAACACCGCCGUCGUGCAACUCGUGCUUGGUCCAGGAGAAAACAGUCGUCGCACGUCCAUGUCCUACUAUCAAGAUACCAAGUACCUCGCCAAGGCUGGCUCCGCCUUGACGGAGAAGUAUGGUCUGUGUCACAUCGGUGAGUGGCACUCUCAUCACACAUUGGGCUUGGCUCAACCAAGUGAUGGGGAUGAGAACACGGUUUGGACCAACAUGCCCAACAACGGCUUCAAGCGUUUUAUUGUUUUCAUUGCAAACAUGGACAGGAAAAUGAAAAACAGGAAGUCAAAAGUAGGAGUAUCUCUUCCGGUCGGUUUGGGCUGCUUUCUAUUUGAAGUGCAAGAUAUGAAAUCUUGGAAACCCUACGCAAUGCUGCAAGGAUCUUUUGAUGUAAUUAAAGGACAAAGUCCGUAUAGACAGUUGCAAUUAGAGACGGUCAAAAAAGGUGCUGAGCUGAUCCACAACAAUCAUGAAAUAGCUGUCGAACUCGUCCAAUCGGAAUCAGCAAGACACGAAUGCAGUAAUAUACUGCUCUACAACAAAGAUGAAGAGUUUGGUGGCGAAGGAUUGGAAGAGCAGGCGUCUAACCAUGCCCAUCAACAAGAUCUGAUCAUCCUUGUUGGGUCAGCCAAGAAAUUCAACGGAAAAGACAUGUGGCAAACAAUGGAGGACCAUGAAAAGACAUUCUUUAUCCGUCUAGAGAAAGAAUUGAACGGAAAACUAGCGCAGGAGAUUAAUGAAGUAAGUGUCUCUUUCAGAGCAAUAGUGCCAAAACUGGGUCAACUCGCCUGCAGGUUGGUGUGGGAACAACAGCAGAAUUAUGUCCUUAAAUUCUACCUAUCAGGAUCUGCAUCAGAUUUCAAUGAAAUCAGAUUUUCCUGCUCACAUCAUGCUGAUCCAGUUCAGGUAGUAAAAGAGGAAGUGAAGAAGCACGUCACCGCCGCAGUGGAUCACUUCAUAGCGGAAACGUCACGUACUACUGAACCAUUCAUGGCAGUAAACACAAAACAACAACAACAAAAACAAGAACGAGAAAAACCAGCCACCCAGGUUGCUAGAGAUGUACCUGAAACAAACGUUUAGCUCACAGACCUAAAACGGACAGCUCUGAAGCAGUUUGAAAUUUUUGUAUGCGCAUUUGUGUAUAGACUCAUUUUUCAUAUCUUGCUGUUACCCUAAUUAAAAGUGAUGGAGUAAUAUCAAAAUUCCUCCUACUCAAGAA